AUGUCCCACAACGAAUCUUCCAGCAUGGGGAGCGACCGCGAGAUGAAGAUCCGGAUGGCCCAGGAGGCGCGGGCCGUCAUCGAGUUCGAGGAGGAUCCCCACCGCGCCGCGCUGGAGGACAACCCGACCGAGGCGCGGGUCGGCAUCAAAACCUGGGUUGCGAUCUUUGUACGAUCUCCAAAGCGUGUUUGA